AUGAAGCUCAGCCUCAUCUACCUUUCCCUCUUCGCCGCCUCGGCGUCCGCCGCCGCCAUCCCAGCCUCCGACGACCUUGCAGUCCGUGACAACCACUCGCCCGUUGCGCCACCCGAGAACCACCCACCUCGUGAGAACCACGGCACUCGUGACAACGUUAUCGUCAGUUUUGCCGAUCUCGAGGCACAGCUCCAGCAGGCUGAGCACGACCGUCAAGUCCUCCUCAGUCUCGGCGAGGUGGAGGCAGCGCAGCGCAAAGUAGAGUACAUCGCGCAGCUCCGCACUGCGCUCGAGGCAUACCGCAACGCCGAGAACAACAACGGCGCCAUCUGGUCCCGCGACCACAAUCGCAAGCGGGCGAGCUUCUCGGUCAGCUUUUCGGAGCUCGAUGCGCAGAUCCGCAAGCUCGAGCAAGAGAUCGAGAUCCUGCAGCGACUCGGCGAGCGCGAGUCGGUCGAGCGCAGGCAGCGUCAGCUCGCGCAGUUGAAGCACCAGCGCGAGACGUAUGCAGACGCCGAGCGCAACAAUGCGAACCGUUUCGGUGGUCGCAGCCUGGAGUUGGAAGAACGUGACGACGACCCCGAUCACGGCGACCUCGGCACCCGCGGCUCUGUCAAGGUCAACAUCGACGAGCUCAAGGCCAAGAUCCGCAAGGCGCAGAAGGACUACGAUACCCUCCGCAGCAUGGGUGAGCACGCGGCCGCCAAGCGCAAGCUCAAGUACCUCAACGCACUCAAAGCCAAGCUCAAGGCGUACGAGGACGCCGACUCAAACGCCGCUGGUCACUUCAAGCGCAGCCUGGCUGAGUUUGACGCCUUCGACCUCGCCCGCAUGGGCUGA